AUAUAUAUAUAAAUCAAUCCAAACUAACCAAUCCCCCGUCAUUAUCGUCGAACCCAUGGAGACCCCACUCCCUUCUUUAUCGCAGCAACUAACCCCAAAUCCUACUUCCGCCGCCGCCGCCGUCUCUUCCGCUAUUCCGGCGGCAGUCAAAAACGUUACCGUUCAACAACCGAUCGAUGGAUCUCCCCGUGCCGUCCCUGUUGAUACCGGUGGUAAUCCGGAGCCGCUUGCGGCUGUUCCCGGCGCUAAGCUUCGUCUUAUGUGCAGCUUCGGCGGCCACAUCAUGCCUCGUCCGCACGACAAAUCGUUGACGUACUCCGGCGGCGAGACUCGUCUUGUUGUUGUUGAUCGACGCGCGUCACUGUCUUCGCUCCGAUCUCGUUUAUCUAGUAUGCUUCUCAACGGCCGCUCCUUCACGCUUAAGUACCAGCUCCCUAGCGAAGAUCUCGAUUCACUCGUCACCAUCACUACCGAUGAAGAUCUGGAGAAUAUGAUCGAGGAGUACGAUCGCGUGACUUCUUCAGCGACGGUGACUGCUACGCAACGGAUCCGGUUGUUUCUUUUCGCUAACAAGCUCGAGACCGCCGCCACCAUGGGAUCUCUGCUUGACGGCGCGAAAUCUGACACGUGGUUCGUCGAUGCUCUCAAUCAAUCCGGUUUGCUUCCUCGAGGUUUGUCAGAUUCCGCCGCUGUGAAUAACACCUUGGUGAAUCUCGAUGAGGCUAGCGGCGGAGACGCCGAGAUCCAAAACCUAGAAACUAAUUCUGGCGGCGAGAACAAUAAACGAGGGGAUUUGUUGGCUCCUAACGGUGUGAUUUCGCAUCAGGAGAUGCAUAUGAGCUCGAUGCCUGACUCGCCGAUGAUGGAAGCUGCUGGUUCUUCGAUAGAAUCAUCAUCGUCUUCUCCUUCUACUUCCAAUUUGCCACCGAUUCGCGUUAGAGUCAGUGAAGACCAGAGGAUUGAGGAACAAUUGGCACAGAUGACCUUCUCAAACAUGCAGACUCAGAGGCAAUUUGAUGAUGGAGUUAGCUUGAUGACAAAUCGGCCAAUGAUGGUUCCGUCUGGUGGUGCAAUGACUGAUGGUUCAGUGGCGUAUAACAACGCACCUAGUGAUAUUGCUGCUGCUGCAAGCAAUGGCCAGGUUUCACCGCAUGACGAUCGAUCCGAUUCAGGUGUAUCAGCUGGCUACAGAAAGCCACCUUUGCCGAUGCAGCCAGUAACGAUCCCACCGAGAACUAUCGGAGGGUAUGGUUUGACAUCCCCUGAUUCAGUUGCAAGUGAUACUAGCAUUUCUUCUGCUACUUCAUUUUCGAAGCCAAUGUACUACCAAGACCAACAUCCAGCUCUGCCAAAAGCUCCUCCAGUGACACAACCUGAAACUACCUUGGUCCAAAGCUCCCAUGUCUUACCUCAGACUGAAACUACUUCACCCCACACCACCUCCCAUAUCCAAUCUCAGCCAGGUACGUACACAACCAUGGAUCAACAACAACACCAACCUCCGGCUCAACAACCUUACUUACAUCAAGGCGUUCAGUACCUCCCUCACCCAUCUCAAUACUUCCCAGUUUACUCUCAUCAGCAACAACAAAACUACCCGGUUUACGUAAUGUCUGUCCCGCAAUCUCAGCAGUAUGUCCCUGCAGGAACUCCCCCGCUGUACCCGAUCUCAAAACCCGCCACAAACUCGAGACCUGAAGCUGCCCAAAACGUUUACCGUGCUGCUCCCACUCAGGUUCUUCAGCUUCAGCAGCAGCAUCAAUACAUGGGUUACACUGGAGUUCCUCAACAUACUACAAACGCAAACGCCAGUUACGGUACUGGAGUUCCUCUACAUGCCACAAACGCAAACGCCAAUUACAGUAUUGGAGCUCCUCCUCAACAUAGCACAAACGUAAACACCAAUUACGGUGGCGCCUACGAAUACACAAACCCUCCAAACGAGACAGUGUAUUACCCACAGCCUCCUGCUGCCAACACUGCUAUUCCAUUAGCAUCUCCCUACCAAAGCAUGACACCAGCUGCAGCGGCAGCCGCUCUAGCUGAUAUGUCCAAGCAGAUGGCUCUUGACGGCGGCAAACAGCAACAACAACAUAUGGCUGCAUCUCAGCCGCUAUAAAAAGCUGGAAUUUUGGUGAUAAACGCGCAAAGUGUGACCGUAUAGCUAUUUACACGGCGCGCACUGGUCUUUUCGUUUAUGACAUGUAACGUCGUGUUACAUCUCGUUAGAUAUACAUAGGCUUUGCUAUAUCGUUUUCUAAAGUUCUUAUCUUAGUUACUACUUAUCUCUAUCUUGUUUUUCUAUAUUUGGAAAAUAAAAAUUGUUUGGAUGAUUUUUCUAUAAGUAUUUAUACAAGUUAUUCUGAUUCUCUGCUA